AUGAUUAAAUUUUUAACUACAUUUAUUUUAACCACAUUUAUCACUUUGAUUUUUCCAUGUGGAUCAUUUAAUUGUCCUCCGUUUACUAAUAAAGCUAAAAUAACAUAUGAAAUUGAACCAACAUUAUCAUUAACAUACAAUCCUACACAAAAUCGUACAAGUAUGCAACAAACAUCAUCAUCUUCAUUAGCUAGAAAUUUAAAACAGAUAGCUAUUGAUGUUAUUAAUAAUUUGGCAUCUACACAAAGUCCACUUUUAGUUUCAGCAUUUAAACCAACCGUCACAUUAAAUCAAAAAAAAUUUCUUAAUGUAGAAAUAAUUCCACAAACUUGUAAAAGUAACAAUGCCUCUGAAUUAGUAGCUCAAAAAGGAACAUAUUUUGUUCAAAAUAAUUUAGUUAUGCAAAGAAUUGAAGAUACAAAUUGUUUAAAUGGAAUUAUUCAGAAUAGUAAAACAAGCACUGCUUUGACGACUAUUAUUUAUAAAAUCGACUUUUUGAUUCCUACAGGACAAGUGUUAUGUAAUAGUCAUUGGAUAAAAAUAGCUGAUGCUAUAAAAAAUAAAAUAAUUACAGAUACUAAAUCAAAUUUUUUAAAUUCUGGAAUGAUUGAACGAAUUUAG